AUGUGUAUCGGUGGAGCACAACGCGACCUCCUCUUAGAGGAUGGUCAGGCUAUCAAAAGCUGCGAAACCUACAAAUACCUGGCAAUGUACAUAUCCAGCAGUGGGACGUUAGACUACGCCAUCAAAGAACGCAAUAAUCAAGGAAGAAAGGCCAUUACUAUGCUGAACACCCUCUUGUGGGACGAAAAAAUCACGAUACGAAACAAACACCUAACAUACAAUACGAUCAUUAAAAGCAUAGUCACAUACAGCAGUGAAGUGUGGCCACUAAAAGAAAGAACCAUGAGAACGCUGGAGGCAACAGAGAUGGACUUUUGGAGAAGAGCGGCAGGAAGGUUAAGAACUGAAAGAGUCCCAAACGAAGUAAUUCGCACAACCAUGAAGGUGGGACACACGAUUUCAGAUGAAAUAAGAACAAAACAGUUAAAGUGGUACGGUCACGUUCAAAGAAUGGAAGAACAGCAACUGCCUAAACAAAUACUCACCUGGACACCUACAGGAAGAAGGAAGAGGGGAAGACCGAGAAAGAGCUGGAGAGAGGGCAUCGAUAGAGAAAUACAAUGGAGACCGAUGGAGAUUGGGAAUCGGACGACGUCGGAGGACGUUUUAAAAACCGAUAGAUAUAUAUACUCAGAGGGGUGGGUUCUGAUGGUGAGCGAGGAGACGUAG